GGCUGAUGGAGGACAAGAAGCGGGUCAAGGUGGCGAACCUCGCCGAUGGUCUGGUCACACCCGGUAGAAAGGGCGGAACGUACCGCGAUUUGCCCACCGACAAGGCCCACGACCUCUGCAAGGAUCUCAAACACCCCGGUCAGAGAUUGCCGGAUACUCGCCUUAUGGAUGGAUGGAUGGAUAGAUGCAUGGAUUGGAUGGAUAGAUCUGCCGGUGUCCUGGCUUGCACCUCUCUAUCUUGCUGCAGAGCUCAGGUACAUCGACAAGGAGAUGCUCGAGUGGCGGAAGGAGCAGGUCAAGGGCAACGCGGGGAAGGAACCACUGUUCAUGGACGCCUGGAGGAAGGAGCAGUCACUGAGUACGCCCCUCCACGUCCUGGACAGCCCACACCCACACUCAUCCUUUCCCUUUUUGUCCAGGGGAGGCGUGGGUGGCUCUGUCGUGGGAGGAGCAGCUACCAUACUUCGAGGAGGUCCGUCAGCGAUGUGAGGCACUGGCCCACCCAUGCGAUGUGUGUAUGUCCUUUGUCAGUAUAACGAGGACCUGCAAGCGGCCGUGGAGAGGGAGAAGGCCUCAUCGGCCGGGGCAGCUGCUGCUGCAUCAUCAUCGGCCGGAGCGGCCGCUGCUGCCUCAUCGAGCGGGGCCGAAUAGAUGGUGGAUACCCACUCAUAGCUGCAGUACAUGCGCCGUUGAUUGCGACAGUUC